CGAUCGCAGUUCACCACAGCGCAUGUUCGCUUUUUUCGACGCGUGCCUUGCUCCCGACUGCCAUGUCCGACACGCCCCAUAUGAUUGAUUCACCUUGCGGUAGCCCCGAGCCCACGACGCCGCGGGCGACGGAGGUGAACGCACCGAGCCUGUCGCAGCGAUCGCUGGAGAUGUACCAGGACGUUGGGCAAAGCACGCCUGGGCUGGAAGUACCACCGCCCCGCGAUGGCUUCUUCGACUACAGCCAGGAGAAGUCGCUGCAGCACAUCGAGGAAAAGUACUGGGCUCAUCGUCGGGGAUCGGACGCGCCGUCGGAGGCGACGUCGGCCGGCCACUCGUACGCGGGGCUUCGGUUCCAGCAUCCCCCUGGCGAGCUACCGACGGGGUCUAGUACGUUCGAAGAGGAAGAGGACACGCACAUCAUGCCAGAGGUCAACGUGCAUGCCCCUGACAAUGCACUCAAUGCAGAGCUCGCUGGACUGUUCUCUGCGUUCCAAAAGUGCCUCGACCUCCGUGACAAGUACAUGCUUCGCUCGAAUCAGCGCCUGGGCGACAACCCUAAGGACUACGACGGGCAGUUCAGGGGAUUAGACGACGCCCAUGCCGACGUGUCCGGUAUGCGCCCGGGCACGAAUUACGCGACGAACAACCCCGACAAGGUCGACAAGCCCGCGGAACCGUGGAAGAUAUAUCCUACCCCGCCGCCACCGCAUUGGCACUGGAGAGAUACGGCUGCGGUGCACAGCGACAACACAAAAGUGGAGGAGUUCCGCUUCGAGAACUGCCACAUUCCCGGCGCGCAUGAAUGGGACUUUGAGAUCGACGAUAGGGGCGUCUUCCAGGUCUACAAGGAUAACACAGAGCCAGACAAAAAGCCUGUCUUCGACAUCCCUACCAUUCGCGAGUACUUCGUCGAUCUCGACUACGUCCUCGGCGUCAUAUCGGAUGGCCCGACGAAGAGCUUCGCCUUCCGUAGGCUGAAAUACCUCGCCAGCAAAUUCACAAUGUACAGCCUGCUCAACGAGUUCCAAGAACUUGCGGAUAUGAAGAGCGUCCCGCACAGGGACUUCUACAACGUCCGCAAGGUCGACACGCACGUGCACCACUCGAGCAGCAUGAACCAGAAGCACCUCCUGCGCUUCAUUAAGUCGAAAAUGAAGCGCUCGCCGGACGAUGUGGUCAUCUUCCGCGAUGGGAAGGAGCUGACGCUGAAGGAGGUGUUCGAGUCGCUGAAGCUGACUGCGUACGAUCUGUCGAUUGACACGCUGGACAUGCACGCGCACUCGGACUCGUUCCAUCGGUUUGACAAGUUCAACUUGAAGUACAACCCGAUUGGCGAGUCUCGUUUGAGGGAGAUCUUCCUGAAGACGGACAACUACAUCGAAGGGCGGUAUCUGGCUGAGCUGACAAAAGAGGUCAUGACUGAUCUCGAGCAGAGCAAGUACCAGAACUGCGAAUGGCGCAUUAGUAUCUACGGCCGAUCCCUCGAUGAGUGGGACAAGCUAGCGCGCUGGAUCGUAAACAACAAGCUCUACUCGCACAACGUUCGGUGGAUGAUCCAGGUCCCGCGCUUGUACGACGUGUACAAGUCGAAUGGCUCGGUGAAGACCUUCGAGGAUAUCGUUAUCAACGUUUUCAAGCCGUUAUUCGAGGUCACGAAGGACCCGACGUCGCAUCCGGAGCUGCAUGUAUUCUUGCAGCGCGUCAUCGGCUUCGACUCCGUCGAUGAUGAGUCCAAGACGGAGAGGAGGAUCUACAAGAAGUAUCCUUAUCCGAAGCUGUGGGACACGUAUCAGAGCCCGCCGUUCUCUUACUGGAUCUACUACCUGUAUGCUAACAUGGCGAGCUUGAACAAUUGGCGGAGGCAAAGAGGAUUCAACACCUUCGUCUUGCGCCCCCAUUCUGGCGAGGCAGGCGACACCGAUCAUCUAACCUCCGCGUUCCUUACCUCGCAGUCAAUCUCGCACGGCAUUUUGCUGCGCAAGGUCCCUGCGCUGCAAUACCUCUUCUACCUCAAGCAGAUCGGUAUCGCGAUGAGCCCCCUCAGCAACAACGCCCUAUUCCUCACUUACGAGCGCAACCCGCUGCCGGACUUCUUCAAGACGGGGCUCAACGUUAGUUUGAGUACGGAUGACCCGCUGCAGUUCCACUUCACGAAGGAGCCGCUGCUAGAGGAGUACAGCGUUGCUGCUCAUAUCUACAAGCUCCCUCAGAGCUCGCUGGCCGAGCUUGCGCGGAACUCUGUGCUGCAGAGCGGCUUCGAGAUGGAGAUCAAGCGUCACUGGUUAGGCCACCAGUGGUAUCUCCCUGGUGCGGCUGGUAACGACAUCAACAAGACGAAUGUGCCAAACAUCCGCCUUACUUUCCGCCAUGAGACGCUGCUCGAGGAGCUCGAUAUGAUUGCGGGCAAGAUUGCCAUGCAUACUGCGCCAGCUACGAGUCGCUCGGAGGCGGAUAAGCUCCGCAGAAAUUUGGUGCUUCCAUCUGUCGAUAACCUAGCCGCAGGAGCGAUGGCAGGCCCUCGCUCUUGAGCACUUCGACCACGACUUGCUCGUUUUGCCGAGUUUAUCUGCGUGACACCCUGUCAAACUGUAGCAUUAGACUAUCCGAUGGCACCUCUUGACAACACUUCCAC